AUGGAAAGCCUAUUUUCCAUGGCUGCUUUUCCCUCUCUUCUCAUUCUUUCUGCGUUAAUGGGAGCAUCAGCCCAGCAACAAAGAUAUUCCAACAUUUCCCUUGGAUCUUCUUUAACAACCACUACAAAUUCAUCAUGGUUGUCACCUUCUGGACUCUAUGCAUUUGGAUUCUACAAGCUAACCAAUGGCUAUGCUGUUGGAAUUUUUAUUGCUGGGAUUCCAGAAAAGACUUUAGUGUGGACAGCCAACAGGGAUGAACCAGUUUUCCCCACCAACGCCGUUUUGUUAUUAACCGAUGAUGGACGGAUCAUUCUGCAGCAGGAAGAUAGAGAUGAAGUAAAUAUUGUGAAUUCAGCCCGGUCUGUUGCUUCAGCUUCAAUGCUUGACAGUGGCAAUUUCGUGUUGUAUGACUCCUCUCGGAGGAUUACAUGGCAGAGUUUUGAUUACCCGACGGACACUCUUUUGCCUGGCCAACUCCUCCAGGCUGGAGCAGAACUCGUCUCCAGUGCUUCGAAAACGAACCCUGCCAGAGGUAUUUUCCGUCUCGCAAUGCAAGCUGAUGGGAACCUGGUGCAAUACCCUGUGGAAAUUUCCGGACCCAAUUAUGCUUACUAUGCAUCUGGCACAAUGGGAACAGGCAAUAAUGUAUCACUGAAUCUUGAUAAUAAUGGCCAUCUUUACUUGUUCAACGGAAGCGCCAUUAUAAGCAAUUUAACGAGAGGACAACAUCGAAAAAAAACUAUCUACCUCAUGAGAAUUGAUGUUGAUGGUAUUUUUCGACUAUAUUAUCGCUCGUUGGAUCCUCAAGGAAACUGGACUAAAGAAUGGUCACCCUCGGAAGAUAAAUGUGCCCCUUUGGGUUUAUGUGGGUUGAAUGGUUAUUGUAUUCAGUUGGAUACAGCUGCGGAGUGUGAAUGUCUUCCUGGAUUCGAUCAUGUUAAUCCCGGCAAUUGGACCUCGGGAUGUGAAAGGAAUUUUCCCAUGGAAGGUUGUAAAGCCAAUAAUCAAAAUGUCAGUUACCAAAUGAGAUCACUGGGUGACACAGUGUGGGAAGAUGCUAAUUAUGCUAUUUUAGGAGGACUGACAAAAGAAGAUUGUGCAAAAGCCUGUUUAGAGGACUGCAACUGCGAUGCAGCUUUCUUGGAAGAUGGAAACUGCAAAAAGCAAAGGCUUCCGUUGAGAUUUGGAAGAAGAGUGCGGAGUAAUCCAAUUGUUGCUCUUAUCAAGGUGAACACAAUAACACAGUCGACUCGAGGAGCUUCAAGUGAUUCGGGCAAAGAAAUCAAGAAAGUGAUUCGUUUAGAUGUCUUAAUUAUAAGCAUUUCACUUUUUGCUUUAGCCACCUUGAUCCUGGCAAUUUCUGGGAUUUAUAUCCACAGAAAUCAUGUUGGGAGAUAUAAGAAGAUCUCCCACGUUGAACUGAUUGAGGGUGUUGGUUUGAGAGCAUUCACCUAUCCAGAGCUUCUGGAAGCAACGAAUGAGUUCAAAGAAGAGCUCGGUAGAGGAGCGUCUGGCACAGUUUACAAAGGGAUCUUAUCGGACAACAGAAGUAUUGUGGCCGUGAAGAGGCUCGACAAAGAAUUGGAAGAAGGAGAAAAGGAAUUCGAGACUGAGAUGAAGGUGAUUGGAAAAACGCAUCAUCGUAAUCUAGUCAAACUUCUUGGUUACUGCCAUGAAGGAGCUAAUUGGCUUCUAGUAUAUGAAUACAUGAAAAAUGGAUCACUUGCAGAUAUACUUUUCAAUCAUGAAAAUCGACUCUGUUGGGAAGAAAGAAUUCGUGUUGCUUGUGAUAUUGCAAGAGGCGUCCUCUAUUUGCAUGAGGAGUGCGAGACCCAGAUCAUUCAUUGUGAUAUAAAACCUCAAAACAUACUCAUGGAUGAGCAUAGAUGUGCAAAAAUUUCUGACUUUGGACUGGCAAAGCUCUUAAAGAAAGAUCAAACAAAUACCUACACAGGGAUAAGAGGAACUUUGGGUUACGUGGCCCCUGAGUGGCACAGGAAAUUACCUGUGACGGUUAAAGCAGAUGUUUACAGCUUCGGAAUUGUGUUACUAGAGAUCAUAUGUGGUAGAAAAAGUGUCGAUUGGAGCCUCUCUGAAGAUGAAGCUAUUCUUGAAGAAUGGGUUUACAAUGUUUUCGAGACCGGGGAGGUAUAUAAACUGGUGGGAGAUGAGAAGGUUGACAAGAGAAAAUUGGAUAGAAUGAUUAAAAUAGGUAUUUGGUGCAUCCAAGAUGAACCAUCUCUCCGUCCGUCGAUGAAGAAAGUUCUAUUGAUGUUGGAAGGGACUGUAGAAAUCCCGCUACCUCCGAGUCCUACUUCCUUCCUCAGUGCAAUAUAGUUUUACUUUUUCACCUUUUGUGUUUUACUGCAUAAUUACGGUUGCCUUUGUGCAUAUAGUUUGAGUUGGAGAAUAAAUUAAGCAGUCAUGUUCUUGCUUGAUUGAAAGUAGAUGUUUGAAUCAAUCCGAAGAUCACAAGAUUAAGUA